AUGUUGCCGUCUACCAAACAAUCUCCAAAAUAUUCUAUGCCGAUACAAACGUUUGUUCUAAUUUUUUCAGUUUUAUUGUGCAUAUUCAGUUGUCUAUUGACUGUUACGUUGUCCUACAAAUGGCACAUGGACACUAAUCAACCAAUCAAUCGACUUGUAGGUACAGUCGAGGAUGCGAUUCGUGAUUUCAAUACCUUCACUGACAUAGUUAGAUAUGAACUUGUAGCCAAACACGCAAGCAAUACAUACAAAUAUCAACAUAAAUCUAAAAUUUAUGGUAACGACUAUGAAGAAGUGGCAGAAGCUUUUGAUGAAGGAGAUCGAUUUAUGGACAGAGACUUAUUUUACAAUCAUUUGCCAGCAAAUCAAUAUCAGGCAAAUGAAUCAAAUAAACCAAAAAACCGAGACGGGUGUAACGCAGUGAUUGAUGCAACAACAAUAGUAAAAAAUGAAUUAAAUAGCUCAACAAAUGGAAAGGCAGAUGUAGAAAUAAUUCAAGAAGAAAAUACAGUCAAAACCUAUAGACGACAAAAGUCUAAAAAAAUGGGAACUAUAAUAAAAAAACGUUCUAUUGAAUCAGAUUAUGAAGAAUCGUACGAAGAUUUUGAAGAAACUCUAGAAAAUAUUGCGGCACAUUUUACAAGCGAUUCUUCAAAAUAUUGUACCGAAAAACAUUCACAUUACUAUGGAAAUGGACGUUUGAAACACCCAGAUGGCUAUUUUAGAGACUGGACCCAACAUCGUUGGGAUAGAAAUCUACACAAUUCAAAUCAUUUCAUUUUGAAAAAUGGCGAAGUUGAAGUAUUAAAACCAGGACUUUAUUUUGUUUAUGCCCAAGUAAGAACAUAG